CUCCCCAACCGACGACGUAUCUUCAGAAGUCCGCAUGCAAGACAUCCUCGACGCCACCUCGCGGCGCAUGCGACAGAACAGCGACCUCACAGAAAGCUCUUUCGGGCACGGCAGAGGCUCGCCCAACACAAGCCACACCGGAUCAGGCACCAAUUCACCAAUGCGGAAGAUCUCCACCGGCGAACAACCCGACAACCUCUUCGACCUGCCCAUGCGAGUAAACCCAACACCCAACAUCCGACCUUCCCUCGCCGACCGUACCCGCAUGUCCAUGGCCUUCAAGUCCUCCGACGACUUCACCUCCGUCAUCCCACAGACCAACUCCCCACAACGAAGCCCUGACCUCCAAAACUCGCCAACACCACACGACACCCGCCGUCGCGCGACCUCCACUCUUCAAGACCGCACCCGACAGUCCAUUCUCACUUCCACCCCGCAACCACCGAUCAUCAAUUUCAAACCCUCCCAUACCCGUGCUCGCACAUCGACCUUCCCAGUCAACCAGUUUGAAACUCCACAAAAGGGCAAACACCAUUCUACGUACAGCCUCGAUGCGGUGGUCACACAGGAGGCACCGAGUGAGCAGGAUGUGGAAAACACUCCUGCGACGAUCACGGGCACUUCUAAGCGAAACUUCACACCGAGGGAGGAAUUGUUUGAUCAAGAUGCGGAGUACGCGUCUGUGUUCAAAGCGCGGCCGAAGAUUGCGUUGAGUCCGGUUGUUAGUCCGGCAUUGGUGGAUUCAAAGAGGAGUUCUGUAAUGAACGAUUUGUUGCUGGAUGGACGCGGAGGUUUGGAGGCUGGGAUAGAGUCGCCGCUGGCGGGACGUUGAGUGGAGUGUAAGGGUAUGGAGGGUGAAGAUGGUCGCGAAUGGAGCUGAGCUCAUCGCUCAAAGAGACUGAUACUCUGCAUUAUCGUAAUAGUAAGCUACAGAUGUUCACAA